CUUGCCAGGAGCUGUGCCAUGUGAUGUGCGCUUCAGUCUGGGGAUGUUUGUUUGUUGUUGCCAAAGCUGAACACUAAAUUGGACCAAAUUUUAGAUGUUUUCUGACUAUUUUGAAGCAGAUAUCAUGCUUUUGCGUAGAUAAAUCGCGUUACGGAGUUUGCACGCUUUCGGAGUGCUGCCUUAAUCCUUUCAGUUCAUCUGGAUGUUGACAGCGCUGGGGUGGGGCUGAGUCGAAUGACACACGGAGGAGCGCAUGCGAGGAGAAAACCGGAGUCUUUGUCAUCAUAGCAGCAGCAGCGGCGGCGGCGGCAGCAGCAGCAGCAGCAGCAGCGUGGCGCACAGACAUGACCAAGACCGAAGCCAAGAAGGGAACCGCCGGGAGUUCGUCGUCUGUCGUGAGCGGGAAAGGCUCCGUGUCGGCCGGAGAGCUGGUCAACAACGGGGCGGUGGUGGAGCAGAGCCACACGGAGCCGGUCAGACCCAAGGUGAUGAAGCAGGCGUCCAAGGAAAGCCUGUACCGGAGGAAUACGGAGAGUGAGGUGUAUGAUGAUGGCACAAACACGUUUUUCUGGCGAGCCCACACAAUCACCGUGCUCUUCAUCCUGACCUGUGCUCUCGUCUAUGUGACUCUGCUGGAAGAGACGCCCCAGGACACCACUUACAACACCAAAAGAGGGAUCGUCGCUAGUAUCCUGGUGUUUCUUUGUUUUGGAGUCACACAAGCCAAAGAUGGACCCUUCACCAGACCACAUCCAGCGUACUGGAGAUUCUGGCUGUGCGUCAGUGUGGUCUACGAGCUCUUCCUCAUCUUCAUCCUCUUUCAGACUGUUCAUGAUGGUCGUAUUUUCAUGAAAUACAUCGACCCUAAACUCGGGGUCCCCCUCCCGGAGCGAGACUAUGGAGGCAACUGUCUGAUGUAUGACCCUGACAACGCCACAGACCCCUUCCACAACAUCUGGGACAAGAUGGAUGGAUUUGUGCCAGCUCACUUCUUGGGAUGGUACAUCAAGACACUGAUGAUCCGUGAUUGGUGGAUGUGUAUGAUCAUCAGUGUUAUGUUUGAGUUUCUGGAGUACAGCCUCGAGCACCAGCUGCCCAACUUCUCUGAGUGCUGGUGGGACCACUGGAUCAUGGACGUCCUGGUGUGUAACGGUUUGGGGAUCUACUGCGGGAUGAAGACUCUGGCCUGGCUCUCCAUGAAGCCCUAUCAGUGGCAGGGACUCUGGAACAUUCACUCUUAUAAGGGUAAAAUAAAGCGUAUUGCGUUCCAGUUCACUCCCUACAGCUGGGUCAAAUUUGAGUGGAAACCUGCCUCUAACCUGCGGCGCUGGCUCGCUGUCCUCGGCAUCAUCUUCAUGUUCCUGUUGGCAGAGUUGAACACGUUUUACCUGAAGUUUGUUCUGUGGAUGCCUCCGGAGCAUUACCUGGUGCUGCUCAGGCUCGUGUUCUUUGUCAAUGUGGGGGGAGUGGCCAUGAGGGAGAUCUAUGACUUCAUGGACCACCCUAAGUUCCACAAGAAGUUGGGUCAGCAGGCGUGGAUCGUAGCGGCCAUCACAGUCACAGAGUUCCUGAUCGUGGUGAAGUACGACCCCCACACCCUGAUGCUCCCCAUCCCCCUGUCCAUCAUCCACUGCUGGAUCCUGGGCUUCUGCCUCAUCGUUUCCUGGACACUCUGGCGAUUCUUCAUACGCGACAUCACCCUUCGAUACAAAGAGACGCGUAAACGUAAACAGGAAGCGCCACCGCCACUCGGCAACGGCUCCACCCCCACGGGACGCAGCAAACUCAACGGCAGCUCGGACACUGGGGUCAGGCAAAGAAAGUCCUGAAAACCAGUCCUCAGACCGGGCCCGAGACCAGAUCUGGGGCUGAACCGGGACUGAACCAGGACCAAAGGGACUAUGGCUAAACUCAUAGUGACGUGUAUGACAGUAACGAUGGAUGUAUGGACACUAAAUGCACAGUGGACGACAACUGAGACUGCAAAGAGAUGAGUAGAAGAUCAGCCAAAACAUUAUGACAAUAUAUGGAAAUUAGUGUUCAGAAGAUAUUGAUUUUUGGUCUGGUGAUGCUGAACACAGGCAAAGCAAGAACCAGAAAAGUAACAUAAUAAUGGGUUUGCCUUUUGGAGAGAGAGUCGUAAUAUUUUGGCUGAUCUGCGCAGUUCUCAGUAGCGCCACAGCAAAUUACCUCAUAGUCUUUUAAAUAUGCUUUGUGGGUUAAAGGUAAUUAUUUGGUUAAGCUAAAACUGAACAAGAACAUAUGCACAUUUCCACAUUUUUACUUUCUCUAGGCUCCAUAGACAAUGUUUUAUUUUUGCACAACCAGAACUGUGAAAUUUAAAUCAGAAAUUUACCAAAAGAUUUAAAGGCUAGAAGGGAAUUUGGAUCUUAAUGCGGAAAUUAAAUGGAAUUGAACAGUUAUAUAGUAGUUCUGGUGGAUGGUUGUGUAAUUUGAACGGUUUGUGUUUCAUGAAUGCACUGAAUAUGGUCCCUAAACUUGAAAAAUGGGUCUUUGCAACGACACUAUAUAUA